AAGUUUCCAAAGUGGUCAACUUGACCGGUAGCUCGGCAGUCGCCAAGGGCAGAGAGGCUAGCGCCGGUGGGUGGAUGGGAACAGAGAGCCAAGUCCUCCUCUUACUGGGUGCGAGUGGGGGAGGAGCCUGGGGGUCCGGAGAGGCUAGCAGGACGGCUAAGAAAACGAGAGUGCGUCUCCAUCAGUUCUCACCUCCUGCCUGGCGAGCUCGGCGCGCUUUCCUUGCGGAAAGGACGCUGGGUUGCGUCCGCGCGGGGGUGCCUUAGCCGCCCCCGUGUCGCCAGGUGGGCAGCCCCGACACCGGAGGAAGGGGAAGUUACCUUCCCCUCGGAAGAGGGCGCUGGCUCCCCCAUCCAGCCUUUAUAAUAAGGCCGCAGGAGGAGAGGCAGCCUUGCCGUCUGCGCUCCGUAAAGCAUGCAGUUAGGGGAGCAGCUUUUGGUGAGCUCGGUGAACCUGCCCGGCGCGCACUUCUACCCGCUGGAGAGCGCGCGGGGCGGCGGGGGCGGGCCCGCCGGCCACCUCCCCGGCGCGACCCCCUCGCCCCAGAGGCUGGACUUAGACAAAGCGCCGAAGAAGUUCUCGGGCAGCCUCUCGUGCGAGGCGGGGAGCGGGGAACCCGCAGCUGCCAGCGCGGGGGCCCCCGCGGUCAUGCUCAGUGACGCCGACGCCGGGGACGCCUUCGCCAGCACCGCGGCAGUGGCCAAGCCAGGGCCCCCGGACGGCCGCAAGGGCUCCCCCUGCGGGGAAGAGGAGCUCCCCUCCGCCGCCACUGCAGCCGCCACCGCCGCGGCCGCCGCCACCGCGCGCUACUCCAUGGACAGCCUGAGCUCGGAGCGCUACUACCUCCAGUCCCCCGGGCCGCAGGGCUCCGAGCUGGCCGCGCCCUGCUCGCUCUUCCCGUACCAGGCGGCAGCCGGGGCGCCCCACGGACCUGUGUACCCGGCUCCCAACGGGGCGCGCUACCCCUAUGGCUCCAUGCUGCCCUCCGGCGGCUUCCCCGCCACCGUGUGCCCACCCGGGAGGGCGCAGUUCGGCCCGGGAGCCGGCGCCGGCGGCGGCGCGGGCACCAGCGGCGGCGGGGGAGGUGGCCCGGGCGCCUAUCAGUACAGUCAGGGGGCUCCCCUCUACGGGCCGUACCCCGGGGCAGCAGCCGCGGGUUCGUGCGGAGGAUGGGGGAGCUUGGAGGUUUCUGGUUCCAGUUUACGUGCUCACGUCUACCUAUGCAACCGGCCUCUGUGGCUCAAGUUCCACCGCCACCAAACCGAGAUGAUCAUUACGAAACAGGGCAGGCGCAUGUUUCCUUUCUUGAGCUUCAACAUAAACGGACUCAAUCCUGCCGCCCACUACAACGUGUUCGUGGAGGUGGUGCUGGCCGACCCCAACCACUGGCGCUUCCAGGGGGGCAAGUGGGUGACCUGCGGCAAAGCCGACAAUAACAUGCAGGGCAACAAAAUGUACGUCCACCCAGAGUCUCCUAAUACUGGUUCCCACUGGAUGAGACAGGAGAUUUCCUUUGGGAAAUUAAAACUCACCAAUAACAAAGGCGCCAAUAACAACAACACUCAGAUGAUAGUCCUACAGUCUUUACACAAGUACCAACCACGACUGCACAUUGUUGAAGUUACAGAGGAUGGCGUGGAGGACUUGAAUGAGCCCUCAAAGACUCAGACCUUUACCUUCUCAGAAACGCAGUUCAUUGCCGUGACGGCCUACCAAAACACCGACAUAACGCAACUAAAGAUUGAUCACAACCCCUUUGCAAAAGGCUUCAGGGACAACUACGAUUCCAUGUACACCGCUUCAGAAAAUGACAGGUUAACUCCAUCUCCCACGGAUUCUCCUAGAUCCCAUCAGAUUGUCCCUGGAGGUCGGUACGGCGUCCAGUCCUUCUUCCCGGAGCCCUUUGUCAACACUUUACCUCAAGCCCGAUAUUAUAACGGCGAGAGAACCGUGCCACAGACCAACGGCCUCCUUUCACCCCAACAGAACGAAGAGGUGGCCAACCCUCCCCAGCGGUGGCUUGUCACGCCUGUCCAGCAACCCGGGACCAACAAACUAGACAUCGGUUCCUAUGAGUCUGAAUAUACGUCCAGCACCUUGCUCCCCUAUGGCAUUAAAUCCUUGCCCCUGCAGACAUCCCAUGCCCUGGGGUAUUACCCUGACCCAGCCUUCCCUGCAAUGGCAGGGUGGGGAGGUCGAGGUUCCUAUCAGAGGAAGAUGGCCGCUGGACUCCCAUGGACCUCCAGAACCAGCCCCCCUGUGUUCUCUGAAGAUCAGCUCUCCAAGGAGAAAGUCAAAGAAGAAAUGAGCUCUUCUUGGAUAGAGACUCCCCCUUCCAUCAAGUCUCUGGAUUCCAACGAUUCGGGGGUGUACACCAGCGCUUGUAAGCGAAGGCGGCUGUCUCCCAGCUCCUCUAGCAAUGAAAAUUCUCCCUCCAUAAAGUGUGAGGACAUGAACGCCGAAGAAUACAGUAAAGACACCUCAAAAGGCAUGGGGGGAUAUUAUGCUUUUUACACAACUCCCUAAAGAGUGGUUUUGACCUCAUCAAAAUGAGCUAAGUUUUUGCAGAUGAACUUGGUGGUGUUUUUUGUUGUCUCCUUUGCCUAGGUUGCCAAAAAGAUGUUUGCCUUCCACCUUGAUGCAUCCUGUUCUGUGCAAUUCUCUAAAAGAAGGUGCCAAAGCUUUUUGAUUGCUGCAGGUAAUGGAAACAAGCCUAGCAUUUUAUCUUUUUCUUUCUGAAAUACAGUUAAUGGAGGACUUGGAAGGGUUUUAAAAUUUGAAGGUCAUUCAAGGUUCUGGAUUUAUUUAUUGGAAACACUAAACAUUCAGAGAAUGGGGCUGUGAAGAUGGAGUGCUGAGCGCUAUCCAAUGAGUUGAAAGCUUUGGUUCUUAUUUCUGUUUUUUUAAAUCUGUGAGCAUAUAGAAGCCCAGAAUCGGUAAGGUAUUUUGCUUCUAGAAGAGAAGGGCUGGUCCUUAAGCUUCAACAGGGGACUUUUUGCUGUUACCUUCUGCUAGGGUCAAAAGAUGUUAGGCCUGGGAGGCAAGAAAAACUUUUGUAAAAGAAGGUAUUGGUCUUACUGACUUGGAUUCCUCCCAGGCUUUCAGCACAAGCCAUGUCUGCCCUGGUUCAGGAUCGCCUCGCUGGCUAGGCCUCUGCUGUGUGCCCGGGUGGCUCAUAAGACUCAGGAGAGGACAAGGGAGGGAGUCACCCCCCCCCCCCAAACUAAAGAAAAAAAGAAUGAACGAAAAAGAAAAAUUUUAAGUGUACAGUUUGUGUGCUUAGAUACACUGUAGAAUAAUGUGGAAUAUAUUGUACAAAUAGUCUACCUGUGUGUCUGAGAUGAUGUAAAAUCGGUGCUUUGGCUUUUGUACAGAAUGUGCAGAUCACCUGGCAACAGCUGCAGAGGCGGGGGGGUCGUUUCUCUCCUCAUCCCAGCCGAAUUGGGGAAUGUUCUGUUUACUUUUUAGAUAGUUAAGAAUGUAUUCAACUACUCUCUACUUAACUUGAACCGUGUCUAAGGGAAACUCCUAUUUCGUCCUCUUCCUUCGCCACCCCCCACUACCCAACUUGGUAAUGUGAAGAAAGUAAAACCCGACGCCACAGCUCCUGUAGGCUUUUUAGAGACCUUGGAUUUUCAUGUACAGUCCUAGUCAUUUUUUAAUAAAUGUGGUUCAUUAAGGGA